UUCUCCUAAUCGCAGCUUAAGCACUGGGCGCUCCCAGCUUAAACCUCAAACCCGCGGGUAAAAUUUCGAGCACCCACCCCGACGAGCCAAACCAAACGAGACACGGCGAGCCGCCGCCGCACCGCGAGCCUCAGGACCUCGCCCGACUCCCUAAACCCCCGCCGCCCCGAGGCGACGAGCCCCAUCAGCGCAAAACCGUUCUCGAAACGCUAAGCCUCGCGAUCCAUGGAGCUGCUCCUCGCCGCCGCCUCCCGGCCGUCGCCGCGCCCGUGAGCCCGGCGAGCAACCGGGGGCUCGGAUUCGGCGGAUCUUGAAGGCUUCUCGCUGGUCUCGUGGCGGACUGGUCCUGCAUUCGAGCCGUGGCAGGCUUGGGGAUCGUCCCUCGAGGUAUUUUUUGGCCGUGUAGCGUGGAGCGAGGCAGCCAAGUUGCCGAUUUGUUAGGGGAAAGCGAAAGGGAGCGAGCAACUUUUGGAUCAAGGAUAGGGGGGUAAGGAAAGAGGAAUCGUUUUGUCGCUGCUUCGGUUUUGGGGUUUAGAAACUUCUGCCCGAUGGAUUUCUUCAAGAUCAAGAAGCUUGGGAAGGGCAAGAAGAGCGCCGGGUGUCGGGGAGAGAUAGUAGAAUCCGACGAUGAUGCGAACGCCGGGAAUGUAGCCCCAGAGGAGGAUCAGAAAGCUGGCAUCUUGGAGGGGAAUGCCGGAGCGGCAAAGAGUGCGGGUGAGGGCAAUGGGGUGGACAAGGAAGGGGAGGAGGAGGAGGACGAUGACGAUGACGAUGAUUUCAUCACGAAUGAAGUGAAGCGGAGGCUCAGGGAGUUGAGGAAGAACAGCUUCAUGGUGCUCAUCCCCGAGGAGGAAUGCGCCGAGGUUGAGGAGGAUGGGGGGGAGGAGGAAGGGAGUAGCUCUAGGGAGUGGAUGGAGUUGGACGCCGGCGACGGGUUCCCGUUGUGCAGGUUUGAUUCGCUGUAUGAUAAAUACUGCGAGAGGAUGCUGGUGUUUGAUAAGAUGAUGAUGCAGCUCUUGAAGGAUCCAGGAUCAUUGAACAUCUCAAAAAAGUCUCCAAGAUCAGCAUCCAAAUUGGCAUCCACCCUGCGCAGCCUCUCAUUCAAAAGAAGAGAUGAGCUCCAAGAGGAUUGUGAGCAACUUCAGCAACAGCAAAGCGAGGAUGAUCCUUAUCAAACACUUGAGACUGCAUAUGUUGCUCAGGUUUCAUUAAGCUGGGAGGCUCUGCAUUGUACAUACGUGCACCUGAGCCUUAUAGUUGCAGCACAACCUGAUAAUCCUACAACCUAUAGCUGCGCUGCUCAAGCAUUCCAGCAAUUCCAGGUUCUGUUGCAGAGAUUUAUUGAGAAUGAGCCAUUUGAGCAUGGUUCCCGGGUCGAGAUAUAUGCACGGUCUCGGAGCUCGUUUUCUAAGUUGCUUCAGGUGCCCACUUUUCAAGUUGCAGAUAGGAAAGAAAAGACUGAAGAACAAAUGGAACCAUCGAUUUUCGCAUCUGAUCUCAUCAAAUUAUUAGAGGAAUCUAUCUUAACUUUCCGUCUUUUUCUGAAGAAGGACAAGAAAAAGAGUAGUGCCAGUGUUCAUGGUCAUACAGGAAGCUCGAUUCAGCAAGUUCAAUCCUCUAUCGACAAGAAGGAGACAAAGGUGAAGGAGCUGUUCAAGAAGAAGAAAGGGUGGAAGAACAAGACCUGGCCAGCCACAAUGGAGGAAGUCCAGCUGCUGUUCACCCUGAUCGAUAUCAAGGUCGUGUCACGGGUCCUGAGGAUGGCGAAUCUCAGCAAGGAGCAGUUGCUGUGGUGCGAGGAGAAGAUGAGCAAGCUGGACCUCUCCGACAACCGGCUGCGCCGUGAUGGAUCCCCCAUCCUUUUCCCCUGUUGACGCAGGGCCUCCGUUUUGUGGCAUGCCUUGCCAUGUGUGGCAUCUGCUACUUGUCGAAAAUAGCUGCUCUAUGAAGCUCACACCAUUUGCCUAGCUUAUGAUAUGUACAUGCCUUUAGGCUUUAGGCUGAGAUGUCUAUACUAAAAGUAGAACUUGAAAAGAGAUUCUUGUUGCAGCUCCGAGUUCAUGUUUGUUGUGCGUUCAGCUGAG